AUGUAUGGACUGGCGGCGGGCUUGCACUCCUCUUGCGUAAAGCGAACCCAUCGCGUUGCGGCGGCGCUGGAGGCGGGGACUGUCUAUGUGAACACCUACAACGACACGCAUGUCCACAUCCCGUUCGGGGGCUACAAGAACUCGGGCCAUGGGAAAGAGAACUCCGUGGAAUGCCUGAGGGAAUACAGUCAGAUCAAGUCGGUGUAUGUGCACAUUGGCGACGACGUUCAACAUAAUCUUGGAUGA